AUGGCUUCCACUCUUGCUCCAGUUCGUGUACCUUCUCCUGCUCCAACUCCAAGCAAGAAGGCUGCUGCAGCCCUUGCAUCUAUCACACUAAACUCGCCAACUAAGCCAUUAGACAAGGACACCCUUCCUGUUUUUAUCGAUGACCGCAAGCGUUCAGUCUCCCCGGACUCGGAGAAUGCCGAGGCCCUUGAAAAUGAAGACGAGGAUGAGCUUGAAGAGCUUCGCAAGAAGUUCGUCGGUGAAAUUGAUCUCCCUGAAUGCGAAGAGCCUUUGCUCAAAGAAUCCAAACGCCGUUUCGUCCUCUUCCCUAUUCAAUACCACGAGAUAUGGCAAAUGUACAAGAAAGCCGAGGCAUCAUUCUGGACUGCUGAGGAGAUGGAUCUCUCGAAAGACGUCCACGACUGGACCAACCGUCUCAAUGACAACGAGCGUCACUUCGUCUCGCAUGUCCUUGCCUUCUUCGCUGCGUCCGACGGCAUUGUGAAUGAAAACCUCAUUGAGCGUUUCUCCAACGAGGUCCAGGCUGCUGAGGCCCGGUGCUUCUACGGCUUCCAAAUCAUGAUGGAGAACAUUCACUCCGAGACCUACUCACUCCUCAUCGACACUUACAUCAAAGAUACUGCCCAGCGCGAAUACCUCUUUGACGCCAUGGAGACUAUUCCCUGCGUCAAGCGCAAGGCUGACUGGGCACUGAAGUGGAUCUCUGAUCAACGUUCUACUUUUGGUGAACGCUUGGUCGCAUUCGCUGCCGUCGAAGGCAUCUUCUUCUCGGGUUCCUUCGCGUCCAUCUUCUGGCUCAAGAAACGCGGUCUUAUGCCUGGUCUUACGUUUUCCAACGAGCUCAUUAGCCGUGAUGAGGGUAUGCACACCGACUUUGCGUGCUUGCUCUUUAGCCACCUCAAGCGUCGCCCGCACCCUGACACUGUCAAGUGCAUCAUUACUCAGGCUGUCGUCAUCGAGCAGGAGUUCUUGACCGAUGCUCUCCCUGUCGGUCUUAUUGGGAUGAAUGCCAAGCUCAUGUGCCAGUACAUCGAGUUUGUUGCAGACCGCUUGCUGGUAUCAUUGGGCAACGACAAGGUGUACAAUGCCACCAACCCCUUCGACUUCAUGGAUAUGAUCUCGCUACAGGGGAAGACCAACUUCUUUGAAAAGCGCGUGUCAGACUACUCAAAAGCAAACGUCAACCACACAAAUGCAAAGACCGACCAGGUGUCAAGCAAACUUUUGUGA